AUGACUUCUAAAUCUCUUCGGGAUAUUUUGGAUUCUUGCAAUGAAGCAAUUCGUAAUCUAAAAACGUUGGGAUUUGAGUUAGACAAACUUUCAGAAUUAAUCAUUAUUCAAUUUCUCGAAAAACGCUUAGAUGAUAAUAUCCGAAAACAGUGGGAGCUCACAUUAGAAGAUGAAGAAAUUCCAUCGUAUAAGAAAUUUAUUGAAUUUUUAGAAAAGCAUGCCAUAAGCAUGAAAACCUGCAAAGAAAUCUAUCCCAAAGAGGAACUUUUGAAAUCCAAGAAGUCAGUUAGCUAUAAUUCCGUAACAAACGUAAAUCGUAGAAGUUGUGUAUUGUGCAAUUUAGAUCAUGCAUUGUUCAAAUGUUCAGAAUUCAAAAAUUUGAGCACUCAAGAACGGUGGAAUCUAGCGAAGAAGAAUAAACUUUGCUUUAACUGCUUGAGAGCUAAUCACGAUACUUCGAAGUGUAAAGUUACUUUUCACUGCGAAGAUUGUUCUAAAAGGCACCACACUCUCUUACAUGAUUCUUCAUACAAAUCGAACCUUUCAGUCGAUAAUUCUGCACAGAGGUCAAGUGAUUCUGUUCAAGUUAAUAAUUCUCAGGCCAGCAGUCUAGCUUUAACUGGUCUGAAUAAUUCGUGCAAUAUUCUGCUAUCUACAGCUUUAGUUAAAGUCAAGGAUUCUCAAGGACAUUGGCAACUGUGUAGAACUUUACUCGAUUGUGGUUCUCAAACCUCAUUGAUGACUGAAGAAUGCUGUAAUAGACUUAAUCUAAAAACAUUUUCAACUAAUCACUUAGUCAUAGGAACUGGUAAUCAAGUUGCUGGAAAGUCCAAUUACUUAGUAAAUUUAAACUUUACUCCACGGUUUAAUUCAGAAACCUUUUCUACUAAAGCACUAAUAGUUAAAGAACUUACUACGAAAUUACCAAAUUUCCUUAUUUCUAGUCAUAAAUGGUCACACAUUGAAAGUUUGCAGUUAGCAGAUCCUGAUUUCUACAUCUCCAGAAACAUAGACAUAAUAUUAGGUGCAGAUGUAUUUUUUGACAUAAUUCAAGGUCGCAAGAUAAGUGGUGGAAAAGACACACCUACUGCUAUUCAAUCAAAGUUAGGUUGGAUUCUCUCAAGAAGGGUAUCGUCCAAGUUAUAUGAAGGUACAGAAAAUACCAAAUUGAGUCACCAUUCCAGUGUAAAAAUUGAUGAAGUUCUUCAGAAAUUCUGGGAAUUGGAAUCUAUUCCUCAGAAAGAAAAGUUAAGCAUUCAAGACGCAAACUGUGACAAGUAUUACUCAGAAACUACAACUAGAGAUGACACUGGAAGAUAUGAAGUCAAACUGCCAUUCAAGGAAGAACCAAGUCUUGGAAAUUCGAGAGAUCAAGCGGUUGCACGAUUUCUGUCGUUGGAAAGGAAACUAAUCCAAAAUCCUAGCAUGUAUGAUCAAUACAAGAAUUUCAUGAGGGAAUAUUUAUCCUUAAACCACAUGGAAUUAGUGCAAGCAGAAGAGAUCAUAGUAGAAGAUCGCAAGUGUUUUUAUAUGCCACACCACGGAGUAAUUAGAGAACAUAGCAGCACCACAAAAUUAAGAGUUGUGUUCGACGCAUCAGCUAAAUCAUCAACAAACAUCUCGCUAAAUGAUGUUUUGCAUGCUGGACCCAAACUCCAGACUGAUCUAUUUUAUAUUCUAUCAAAUUUCAGAAUACACUCCAUAGCUCUUGCGGCUGAUAUCGAAAAAAUGUUCCGACAAAUUCUUGUCUCACAUUCAGAUUCUGAUUUUCAGAUAAUUAUAUGGCGAGAAAAUCCCGAUCAAAAGAUUGAAGACUAUAGAUUGAAGACAGUGACUUACGGAACUGCUUGCGCACCGUAUUUAGCCAUAAGAACUAUUAAAAAACUUGCUGAAGAUGAAGAGAUGAAUUUUCCUAAAGCCUCAAAUGUUAUCGACAAGGACUUUUACGUAGAUGAUCUAUUAACAGGAGCCGAUUCAAUUCAGGAAGCUGAAAAUCUCAUGAGUGAUUUAAUUAAUCUAAUGAGAAGAGGUGGAUUCACUCUUCGAAAAUGGAUAUCAAAUGAACAUAGUAUUCUUUCAAAAUUACCUCCUGAACUAAAAGGAACAGAACAGUCUAUAAAUAUUGCUGAAGAUCAGUCAGUGAAACUUCUUGGCAUUCAGUGGGAUCCAAAUCAAGACACAUUUGCGAUUCAUUUAAAUCCAGCUCAAAAAGUCACCACAAAACGGCAAUUAUUGUCAAGCAUUGCUAGAAUUUAUGAUCCCCUCGGUUUCAUUUCACCCUCUACAGUUUUAGCUAAAAUUAUGAUGCAGAAAUUAUGGUUAUGCAAGUCAAAAUGGGAUGAUCCACUCCCAGACAGUAUCCUUAAAGAAUGGACAGGUUUUGCUUCACAGCUUUCGAUACUUGAAAAUAUUCAAAUGCGACGACAUUUCUUCAUCCAAAAUUCUGCAGUAAAAUGUAUUCAAAUUCAUGGCUUUUGCGAUGCUUCCCAAAAGGCUUUUGCUGCUGUCCUUUACAUGAGAUCAGAAUUUGAAGACGAGAAAGUCAAGAUUAGUUUAAUCGCCGCGAAAACCAGAGUCGCACCACUAAAAACAAUAACGCUUCCUCGUUUGGAGCUGUGUGCAGCUGUAUUGUUAAGCCAACUCUACAAGAAUGUAGUUGAAAAUCUUGCCAUUCAAGUAGAUGAGUCAUUCUUUUGGACGGAUUCCCAAAUAGUGCUUGAUUGGAUAAAUUCCGAACCUCAUAAAUGGAAAUCCUUCAUUUCUAAUAGGAUAUCGCAAAUUCAUACUAAUACUCAAGUCGAUGCCUGGCAUCACGUUGUAAGCAAAGAGAACCCUUGUGAUUGUGCCUCAAGAGGACUCUAG